GUUGGCUUCGAGCGUCCGGGGAGGUGGGCUUACGGCCGCAGGAGGCAGCGGUUGCUGCUUGGACAAAGUGAGCACGGCGCGAUGGGAGACGAGAUGGAUGCGAUGAUCCCCGAGCGGGAGAUGAAGGAUUUUCAGUUUAGAGCACUGAAGAAAGUGAGAAUCUUUGACUCCCCUGAGGAGUUGCCCAAGGGACGCUCUAGUCUGCUUGCUGUGUCCAAUAAGUAUGGUUUGGUUUUUGCUGGUGGUGCCAGUGGACUGCAGAUUUUUCCUACUAAAAAUCUUCUUAUUCAAAAUAAACCUGGAGAUGAUCCUAAUAAAAUUGUUGAUAAAGUCCAAAGCUUGCUAGUUCCUAUGAAAUUCCCUAUACAUCACCUGGCCCUGAGCUGUGAUAACCUCACACUCUCCGUGUGCAUGAUGUCCAGUGAAUAUGGUUCCAUUAUCGCUUUUUUUGAUGUUCGCACAUUUUCAAAUGAGGCUAAACAACAGAAACGCCCAUUUGCCUAUCAUAAACUUUUGAAAGAUGCAGGAGGCAUGGUGAUCGAUAUGAAGUGGAAUCCCACUGUUCCCACCAUGGUGGCAGUUUGUCUGGCUGAUGGCAGUAUAGCUGUCUUACAUGUCACAGAAACAGUGAAAGUGUGUGCAACUCUUCCUUCCACAGUAGCUGUAACAUCUGUGUGCUGGAGCCCCAAAGGAAAGCAGCUGGCAGUGGGAAAACAGAAUGGAACUGUGGUCCAGUAUCUUCCGACUUUGCAGGAAAAAAAAAUCAUUCCUUGUCCUCCAUUUUAUGAGUCAGAUCAUCCUGUCAGAGUUCUGGAUGUGCUAUGGAUUGGUACAUAUGUCUUCACCAUAGUAUAUGCCGCUGCAGAUGGGACCCUGGAAACUUCUCCUGAUGUAGUGAUGGCUCUACUACCUAAAAAAGAAGAAAAGCACCCGGAGGUAUUUAUGAACUUCAUGGAACCCUGCUACAGCAGCUGCAUAGAGAGACAGCAUCAUUACUAUCUCAGUUACAUUGAGGAAUGGGAUUUGGUGCUGGCAGCAUCUGCAGCUUCAACAGAAGUUAGUAUCCUUGCUCGACAAAGUGAUCAGGUUAAUUGGGAGUGUUGGCUACUGGAAGAUUCUAGUCGAGCUGAACUGCCUGUUACGGAUAAGAGUGAUGACUCCUUGCCCAUGGGAGUUGCCAUAGAUUAUACUAACCAAAUGGAAAUUGCCAUCAGUGAUGAAAAGACUCUUCCUCCUGCUCCAGUUCUUAUGUUACUUUCAACAGAUGGUGUGCUUUGUCCGUUUUAUAUGAUAAAUCAAAAUCCUGGGAUUAGGUCCCUCAUCAGGACCCCAGAGCAGCUCUCAUUAGAAGGAGAACGACAACCUAAGUCAUCAGGAAGUACUCCCACUACCCCCACUUCCUCUCAAGCCCCACAAAAACUUGAUGCUUCAGCAGCUACAGCUCCUGCCUCUAUUCCAUCUUCAUCUUCAUCACCUGCUGUUCCCACCUCCACCUUCUCUUUGCCUUCCACUGUUGGAGCCCCUGCUGUGUUUUCCUUUGGCUCUUCAUCCUUGAAAUCAUCUGGUUCUGUCACUGGGGAGCUCCCUCCAUAUUCCAGUGCAUCAGAGAAUUCCAAAUCUGCCCUGGGCUCUGGCACAUCUACUUUUGCUUUUGCUCCUCCUUCUAAAGCCCCUCUUGCCCCCACCCCUGCAGCAUCUCCCAUGGUACCAUCAACGGUUUCCUUUUCCUUUGGAUCAUCGGGUUUUAAACCUCCUUUGGAAAGCACACCAAUGCCAAGUGUGUCCACUCCAAACAUAGGAAUGAAGUCCUCCUUCCCACCUUCAGCCUCUGCAGUCAAAGUCAACCUUAGCGAAAAGUUUACUGUUGUGACUACUGCUGCUUCUGUUAAUAGCUCACAGAGCACACCUUCGAUGAUGCCAUUCUCUUCUACCUCCAAGACAGCUCCUCCAUCCCUCUCAGCAUCAUCCAGUUCCAUGUCAUUAAAGUCUGCAGUUUCUCCCUUGGUAUCAGCAGGGCGAUCUGCUCAGGGCAGUCCAAGUCCAGUGUCCUCAAUGGUACAGAAAUCGCCCAGGAUUACCCCUCCAGCAGCAAAGUCAAGUUCUCCCCAGGCAAAAUCACUUCAACCUACUGUUCCAGAAAAGCAGGGACAUCAGUGGAAAGAGUCAGAUCCUGUGAUGGCUGGAAUUGGGGAGGAGAUUGCACACUUUCAAAAGGAGUUGGAAGAGCUGAAAAACCGAACUUCCAAAGCCUGUUUCCAAGUGGGCACUUCUGAGGAGAUGAAGAUGCUACGAACAGAAUCGGAUGACUUGCACACCUUUCUUUUGGAGAUUAGAGAGACGACAGAGUCUCUUCACGGAGAUAUAAGUACCCUGAAAACAACUUUACUUGAGGGCUUUGCUGGUGUUGAAGAAGCCAAAGAACAAAAUGAAAGAAAUCGUGAUUCUGGAUAUCUGCAUUUACUUUAUAAAAGACCACUGGAUCCCAAGAGUGAAGCUCAGCUCCAGGAAAUUCGGCGUCUUCAUCAGUAUGUGAAAUUUGCUGUCCAAGAUGUGAAUGAUGUUCUAGACUUGGAGUGGGAUCGACAUCUGGAACAAAAGAAAAAACAAAAGCGCCUUCUUGUGCCAGAGCGAGAGACACUGUUUAACACUCUAGCCAACAACCGGGAAAUCAUAAACCAACAGAGGAAAAGGUUGAAUCACCUGGUGGACAGUCUCCAGCAACUCCGUCUUUAUAACCAAACUUCCCAAUGGAGACUUCCCUCAGCUCUUCCUUCCCAGAGCAGCGCUCACAGUUUUGACAGUGACCUUGAAAGUCUGCGCAAUGCUUUGUUGAAAACCACCAUAGAAUCUCACUCCGAACCCUUGCCCAAAAUACCAGCUAAACUGUCUCCCGUGAAACAGGCACAACUGAGAAACUUCUUGGCAAAGAGGAAGACCCCACCAGUAAGAUCCACUGCUCCAGCCAGUCUCUCUCGGUCAGCCUUCCUGUCUCAGAGAUAUUAUGAAGACUUGGAUGAAGUCAGCUCAACAUCAUCUAUUUCUCAGUCUUUGGAGGGUGAAGAUGCACGGGUGUCAUGUAAAGAUGAGGAUGCAGUGAUCCAAGUCCCUAGGCACGCCCCUGUGGUUCGCACUCCUUCCAUCCAACCUAGUCUCUUGCCCCAGGCAACUCCUUUUGCCAAAUCUCAUCUGAUUCAUGGUUCUUCACCUAGUGUGACAGGAACUUCAAUGUCUACAUCUGGUAGCAAAAUUAUUCCUCAAGGAGCUGAUAGCACAAUGCUUGCAACAAAAACCGUGAAACAUGGAGCACCUAAUCCUUCCCACACUAUCUCAGCUCCCCAGGCAGCUGCUGCUGCUGCAGCACUGAGACGGCAGAUGGCCAGUCAGGUACCAGCUGUAAGUACUUUGACUGAAUCAACUUUGAAGAAUGUCCCUCAAGUAGUAAAUGUACAGGAAUUGAAGAAUAAUCCUACACCCCCCCCUGCAGUGAUGGGUUCCUCAGUGCCAUUCUCUACAGCCAAAACACCUCACCCAGGGUUGACCCCAGUGGCUUCUAACCAAGCCAAGCAGGGGUCCCUAAUAAAUUCCCUAAAGCCAUCUGGGCCCAUACCAGCAUCCAGUAACUUGUCAUCUGGUGACAAAGCUUCAGGAUCAGGAGCACCCAAGAUAGAAACAGCUGUGACGUCUACCCCAUCUGUUGUUGGACAGUUCAACAAGCCUCUCUCAUUUUCUCCUUCAGGGACUGGCUUUAAUUUGGGGAUAAUCAUGACAACACCGUCUUCUAAUUUUACUGCUGCACAAGGGGUGACGCCCUCCACUAAAGAGUCAAGCCAGCUUGAUGCAUUCUCGUUUGGUGGGGGAGGCAAACCUUUUUAUGAGACCAUUCCUGAAAGCACACCUUCUUCAGGAAUCACAUCAACAUCAAACACCACUGGAGCUGCCGUUGCUUCUUCAGGAGAGUCUGUUCCAUCUAAUAGCAGAACUGUGGCACCUUCUGGAAUCGCUCUUUCCACCACCUCUGGCAAGCUGGAAACUCCUCCUUCAAAGUUGGGAGAGCUUCUGUUUCAAAGUUCUUUGGCUGGAGAGACCCUAGGAAGUUUUUCAGGACUGCGGGUUGGCCAAGCAGAUGAUUCUACAAAGUCAGCCAAUAAAGCUUCAUCCACAAGCGUAACUAGUGGACAGCCAACCAGAACUUCAACUGGACCAUCAGGGUUUAGUUUUACUGGCCCUCCAGUUUUAGGGAAGCAUGUGGAGCCCCCUGUGACCUCCUCUAUAACCUCCACCACAGUGGCUCCACUGCCAGCAGCAAGCACAAGCACAAGCAGUUCCUCAACUGGUGCUUUUGGCAGUCUUCCACUCACCAGUGCAGGAUCUUCCUCACUAAUCAAUUUCGGCGGGACUUCUCUUAGUGGUAGCAAAACUAGUUUUUCAUUUGGAAGCCAACAGACCAGUAGUGCAGUGCCCCCCUCUGUCCCACCAUCAACUACCACUGCUACUCCUCUUUCUACAUCAUUCCCCACAUUGUCAUUUGGUAGCCUCCUGAGUUCAGCAUCAGCUCCCACUCUGCCUGUGUCCUCUGGGAAAAGCACAGAGGAGGCCACAUCAUCAACUUUGCCUGAAAAGCCAGGCAACAAUGAGGUCUCAGCAUCAACAUCCUCACUGCUAGGGCAGCAACACUCAGCCCAGAUUCCUCAGUCUCCUCUGCAAACUUCUGACUCUGUUAAAAAAGAACCUCCUCUUGCCCAGCCUGCAGUCAGCAAUGCUGGCACUGCAGCAUCUGGUGCCAGUCUCAUAGCACCUUCUGCAGAUCCCACUCCAGCAAUCACUGGGGUGCCUGGGCAAACUGUGAUCACAGCAACUACAAUCACAAGUGUAGCUCCCUUGGCUGUGGAAACAUCAAGUCCCCUUACAAUCCCCAGCACUGUAUCCAGUAUUGCUCCAAGCCCUGCUACAGAGACAGCAGUGUUUGGGACUGUCACUUCUGGCCCUUCUGUCUUUACUCAGCCACCUGCUGCUAGUUCUAGUUCAGCUUUCAGCCAGCUCACCAACAACACGGCCACUGCUUCCUCUACUACCCCCAUGUUCGGGCAAGUGGCAGCCAGCACUGCACCAAGUCUGUUUGGGCAGCAGACAGGCAGCUUAGCCAGCACAACUACUGCCACACCACAAGUCAGCAGCACAGGGUUUGGCAGUCCAGCUUUUGGCACCUCACCAACAGGGGUCUUUGGGCAAACAACCUUUGGACAGACCCCCGCCUUUGGGCAGUCUACAAGCGGCUCUGCAAGCAACUUUUCCUUUAGUCAGCCUGGGUUCAGUUCUGUGCCUGCUUUUGGUCAGUCAGUUUCCUCCACCUCCACAUCUACCAGUGGGAAUGUCUUUGGCGCCUCCUCAAGUACCAGUAGCUCUAGCUCCUUCUCAUUUGGACAGUCUUCUGCCAACACAGGAGGGGGGCUAUUUGGCCAAAGCACUUCAGCUUUUGGUCAGAAUCCAAGCUUUGGACAGGGAGGCUCUAUGUUUGGUAGUACUUCAGCCACCACCACAACAGCAGCAUCCUCUGGGUUUAGCUUUUGUCAAGCUUCAGGUUUUGGGUCUAGCAAUACUGGUUCUGUUUUUGGUCAAGCAGCCAGUACUGGUGGAACUGUCUUUGGCCAGCAGCCAUCCUCUUCCAGUGGUAGUGUGUUUGGGUCUGGAAAUACUGGAAGAGGGGGAGGUUUCUUCAGUGGCCUUGGAGGGAAACCCAGCCAGGAUGCAGCCAACAAAAACCCAUUCGGCUCGGCCAGCGGGGGCUUUGGAUCUACAGCCACCCCAAAUACCUCCAACCUGUUCGGAAACAGUGGGGCCAAGACGUUUGGUGGAUUUUCCAGCUCCUCAUUUGGAGAGCAGAAACCUGCUGGCACUUUUAGCUCUGGAGGAGGAAGUGUGGCAUCCCAAGGCUUUGGGUUUUCUACUCCAAAUAAAACAGGUGGCUUCGGUGCUGCUCCAGUGUUUGGCAGCCCUCCUACUUUUGGGGGAUCCCCUGGGUUUGGAGGGGUGCCAGCAUUCGGUUCAGCCCCAGCCUUUACAAGCCCUCUGGGCUCGACGGGAGGCAAAGUGUUCGGAGAGGGUACUGCGGCUGCCAGCGCGGGAGGAUUCGGGUUUGGGAGCAGCAGUAAUACCACAUCUUUUGGCACCCUUGCGAGUCAAAAUGCUCCUACUUUUGGAUCACUGUCCCAACAGACUUCUGGCUUUGGGACCCAGAGCAGUGUAUUCUCUGGUUUCGGAUCAGGUGGAGGAGGAUUCAGCUUUGGAUCAUCCAACUCGUCUGUCCAAGGGUUUGGUGGAUGGAGAAGUUGAGUGGGUGUCAUUCCUUUCCGUUCCUGUGACUGACUGCAUUCUCAGAUCCUCUUCACAGAGAAAUACUGCAGCAGGCCUUUAAAAGGACAUUCUCCAUUGACAUACACACAUCCAGAAAGAAAUAACAAAAACCAAAAAACUAAAGACACUUGAUUGCUUGUUUUGGUUUGUUAUUUUAUGUGUGUGGGGUUUUGUGUUUUGCUUUUUUGUUUGUUUGUUUUAACCUACUAUUAAACCAUUUGGUCUAUUUC